AUGCAUCUCCCAACCCUCCUCUUAGCCCUAACGACCCUCACAACGGCAACCCCCCUCCCCUUCCCCUUCAGCCUAAAGUCCCUGAAAUAUGCCGACGACGCAACAACAUUAACCCAAUCCCAAAUGGAAACAAUCGCGCCCCAAUCUACCUCCUGUGACAACCCACCCGCCGAAGGCGAAUGCGCAACAGGCAAACAAGCCGCCAAAUUCACUUCCCAGUCCUUCGAUACGUACCAAGUGACCAACAAAGCUGAGCAAGCCGCCAUCAUCUCCCUCAUGGCCUUUGAGAGUGAUGAUUUCCGAUACAAUAAGAACCAUUUCCCUGGUGUUGCCGGGCAAGGCACCCGAAACAUGCAAUCACCAGCCUUCAACAAAAAAUAUGCCUCAUCGCUCCCAGCAUUGAGUGAUCAGCUCGCUGCCGUGUCCAAUGAUCCGGCUGCUUUGUUGGAUUUGUUGCGGAAUAAUGGGGCUUAUGAUUUCGGGUCUGGGGCUUGGUUCUUGACUACGCAGUGCUCGAAGGAGGUUCGUACUGCUCUGGCCAAGGGCGAUGAGAGUGGUUGGAGUAGAUAUAUCUCUGAUUGUGUUGGGACUUCUGUUACUGAUGAGCGGAAGGAGUAUUGGGAUCGGGCUGUCAAGGCUCUUGGAGUCUGA